CAGAACUAUGUAAUACAAAAACCACCAAGAUUCUCUUUCUCUCUCUCUCUUCAUGACUAGCUUCUUUAUAACCAUUCAUUACUGGAAACAUCUUUUCAUAACCAAUCUUGACCAGUCAUCUCCGAUAUCGGAACUCGCAGGCUCUGCCAUUAGUGAGUUGAAUAAUACUCGAGAAAGUAGCAGGAUGGUAAGACUAGGCCUGAGAACGGUCGACAAGGAUGAUUGUGGAGAGUAUAAAUCCAAGAACCUUCAUGCUGAGAGGAGGAGAAGACAAAAGCUUGGUGAUAGUCUCCUGGCUUUACGUUCUUUGGUGCCUAUAAUCACCAAUAUGAACAAGGCAGCCAUAAUUGUGGACGCAAUUACUUACAUCAAGGAGCUGCAGCAGAAUGUGAAGCUUCUAAGUGACCAACUUCUUGAAAGAGAAGCAUCGUCGGAGGAGGCAGUCCUCAAGACAAGGAGUAAUGAGAUGAAUGCUGCAGCAGAUGAAAUGAAGCAAUUUGGAAUUGUGGAAGAUGUUCAGGUGAUUAAAAUCUAUGGGAAUAAGCUAUGGAUCAAGAUUAUCUUGGAGAAGAAAAGAAGGAAAAUCACUAAAUUAAUUGAGACUGUGACUUCUCUUGGCCUUGAACUCAUUGACAUCAAUGUUUCCACCUCUAAAGGAGCAAUGCUCGUUUCAUCCUGUGUCGAGGAUAGUUAUGGCGGCACACGAACAGUUGAGCAGACCAAGGAGCUUCUGCUAGAGAUCAUCGGAAGCAUAUGAAGGAAAGGAAGAUCAGAUUGAUUAUCUGUUGAUGAAUUCAUACUAAUUGGACUUAAACGAUAUUAAUUAAAUAGUUAUGUUGUGAUUCAAUUCUGAGAUGCAAAUCACAAGGAAUAAAACCAAAUUAAUCUUUGAACUAUUGACCAAAUACUUAUGUUUGGAUGAUUAGAAAUCUUUGUGAAAAGAAAGAAAACAAAUGGAUGCACUUAUGUUGCCGGCCGCCAUCUUCUUGAUCGACACCAAUGUAAUUGAAAUUCUUCAAAUUUUAAUAGAAUGAUUUGGUUUACUUGACUUCUCUAUGGUCGGCAAAAAAAAAAAAGUCUAAAUUCAUUUUCUGAGAUUUCAUCAGUUUCUUUUCCCCUUUAAAAAAGAAAAAAAGAGAGAGAUGGAGAAAUCCCAAUCACAGCAUCUCUACAAGCUAAAAACUAGAGUUUCUUCUGUAAUUGUUUGAGCAACAACAAGAAACAAGUCAAAGAAUGAAUAGAGAAAGUAAAUGAAAACGACUUCCUUGCAUUUCUGUCUUCCAAAGAUCCAACCUUUCCCAAACACCA